CCGAAUGUCACUUUUUACUUUUAUUAAGAAGAAACACAAUCUUUUAUGACAUUCACCCCUCAAAAAAGGACAUUUAUGGCGCUUGGUAGUUGUUUGAAUGUUUGAGUUAGCUGCUUUACUAGAGCCUCUGUGUGUAACUUAGUGUCAGUAAUUAGCCUUGGCCCGUCCCAACGAUGUGUGGAGUAGCGUCGACGUUUCAGUAAUUAGCCGUGACUCGUAACGUUACCAACGUUGUUUCAGUAAUUAGCCAUGGCCUGUUCCAACGAUGUGGGUGGAGAGGCGUCGGCAUUUCAGAAAUUAGCCUUGACCAGGUAAAAGUAGUCUACAAUGCUGCUGCGUGUCAUCAUAUCAGAAAAUGAAGACAUCCCAUCCAGUGUUGAGGAGCUGUAUCAGGUGUUGCGAACAAAGCUUGGUCUGAGAGGUGGAUUCAUUUUGCAAUUUGAGGAUCCUGAGUUCAAUAAUCAGUUGUGCAACCUAACAGACAUCAAAGACCUUCCUGUGGAGUGGGCAACUGUGAAAGUGUUGUUCACAGCUGAUGACGUCUCAGAUUCUACACUGGACACUUGCAGCCUUCCUUCUCUUAGUAGAGAUUGUGUUGAAUGGCCUGACCCCUUCCCGAUUCCACAGUUCUCACAUGAUGUGGAGCUGCAGCUGAAAGAAGCCAAUGCUAAGGAUGGAUCUGUAAUGGUGAUUCCUAAAGGUUUAAAGACAUUCUUGAUAUACUGGCCGACAGUAUGUUCAAGAUUAGUGCUUAUCCUGAGAGGCAUCACUAUGAAAAUGAAGCCAAAGCACUUGUGGAGAAGCAUCCUAGUCUGAAGGAGCCAGGGUCGGAAAAGGAAUGGUACUCGUGGUUUCACAGCCUGAAAUUUAAGCUUGGAAACUAUCGGCAAAAGUUAAGUGCAGCAGGAUGCCCUGAGGUGGUGGUAAAGAAAAGGAGAAGGUUCGAAGGGGAAAGUGUAAAGAAGUCAAAGAAGGGUGAGGUCAACUACUGUCCAGAUCCGCCUGAAGGACAGAGUCCUGAAAACAUGGAGGAGAAGCGUAAUAUUAUGGAGGCUGAAAUGCUGAAAAGAGACCCUGAUCCCCAGCUGGUAGAAGACCUGAUGGUUGCUACGUUUUCCCAGCGUAGAAAAGAGAUAAUUGGAGAUCAGCCACUCAUCACAGAAGUCAUUUCCAGAUGGCCAGCUCUGUUGCAUGAGAGACAGAUCAGGACAGAGUUCAAGAGAAUGGUCACCAAAGACCUUCUGGAAUAUUUUCUCGACAGACGUGAUGGCCUGGUCCCAAGACUGCUAGAGGUGUACAAAGCAGCAAUCAAGACUGGAAAGAAGCAAUCACUCAAAGAUAUUUUGGACUGCCUUCAGAAAGAUGAUACAAAUGAGAAGAGAAGGACUGCUGCCUUGCUUGGUCUGCCACACUACAUAUCAGGCGAAGAUCCAUCAACUGUAGUCAGGAUGUGUGACGCUUACAGGGAGACUCUGGAUGAAACCAUGAAGGGGAUGCAACUUGGCCUGCUGAUAGGCUAUGAAGGUGCUGAACGGGAGGCCUUUCCACGGGAGGUCUUCGAGAUAGCUGUUGUGGUUGAGGAGACGACAUUAAAGAUGUGGCAUGCAGCUUUGCCAUGCUCAUGGGUGUCAUCUACUGUGUCAAUCUCGAGUACCCAGAAGCCAUGAAGUAUUCCUUUGAGUUUCUUCAGAGAGUGGUGAUGAAGAUAAAACCAGACCAAGCAUGUGCCCGCGUACAUGGACUAAGAAACAGAAUCCUGAGGUACAGACUGUAACACCUGCUCCUCAUUUUCUCAAGAUUCUCAUGUGGAUAUUGUUCCUGUCAAGACUUCAUUGUUCUCUUUUAUAUGCACUUUCAGCACUGUUCUGUACUGUGGAAAAACAGCACUGUCUCACAAUUUAAAACUUAAUUUUGAGAAUGAUAGAGGGGACAAAACACUGAUCCUCCCCACUUUUUUAUUGGACGGAUUGUGAGAGCUGAUAGUCUCGACUGUUCGAAGUCUUGUGAUGUUAGAAGUGGAGUACUUAAGACAACACAAACCAGCCUCAAAGUUCUUUAUCUUCAAUGGAACAAGACUGUAAUGGACUUGGACAUUUGAGUUUUGUGCAUUUCCUUUUCAAUAUUACUACUCAUUAGUCACCAUGUUGUAGAAAUCACAAGCAUUUUACUGAUUACAGCUGAUGGUAUCAACUGUUCUCUCCUCAGACAGACGUUUUUCUUUGUUUUUUGAUUGUUAAAUGCAGUUGCAGGCAAACGGUCUCAAGGUUUAUAUCAUCUCAUUUAAAUGAACUGAUUGGUAUAAGAGUUGGUUGGGUUGACCUCGCUCUUCAUAGGUGACUAUGUUUAAAUACUGUUAGAACAUGUUAAAUUAUCAUAAAUAUGGUCUCACUUUGGCACUUGUGUAGUCUGAGAUAAAUGUUUUCAUUGGCUUUUAGGCUUGUUGCGUCAAUUACAAGUGUAUCUGAAGGAGACGAAGGCUGUGAGUUGAGGUACUUACAAUAAAUUGUUGAAUACGUGAA